AGCAUGACGUGUUAAAGAACAGUGAUUAAAAUGUGCAGCCUACAUGUUUUUAUAGGUGUCAUAAUAGUAAAAGCUGUAAUUCCCAGUUCUGAAAUAUCUUUUAAGCUACUUUCUAAGGAAAAUGUAGCUAAGCUUUAGUUUGAAAACAGACCAUAAAAUAUGUUUUAUGUACGUACAUACUGUAUAUAAAAUUUGUUCUACGUUGUCUAGCACAACUGCAUGUGCAUGUACAUUAAGGCCCCUUCAGAAGACUAGACACAAACCUGACACGAACCUGGCAUCUUUAUUCCAAGGACUCAUUGUGCACAGCUCCUCUCCCAUGAUGUUAACACUUUACAAGCCAGGUUUAUAUGAAUGAAGUAGAUCAAUAGGACAUUAGAAGAACAUUACAAUGUGAUGCAGCCUUAGCUAAAUUUGUCAUAUGCAUAUGAAGAUAAAAUGUCUGGAUUAUUAAGAUACGUGUGUGGGCAGAUCCGCUGCUGAUAUUUGAUGAUAAACAGAUUAGAAUUUUACAUUAAGGUUAUGGAAUAUUACAGGACAUUGUUUUUGUUUAUUGUUUUGAAUUUCUUGCUUCUUGCUUGUUUGGGCUACAACUUUUUUUUAUUUGCAUAAACUAAAAAAACUCUAAAUUUAGAAUUACAGUAGUAAAGUACAUACACUUUAAAGAUUGUUGUAAAUGAUGUAAAAUUGUCAGUGAUGCUGAUCUAAGCAGAGGUGAAGAGUUCCAGAUGUGGGCCACAGCUGCCUCCGGUCACGCGCACACAGUGGAAGGGGGGACUAUCCUGCACUCCGUGUCCUGCACAGUUGGAGCAAACUACGAGUCCCGUCGAGCUGCGGCUGCUUCUUCCCUGGAUCAUUUUUCUGUGCUUUUCUGAUUCGCGACCAGCUUCGUUUGCGUCGCCCUCCACGAAAAAGUCCAUCUCCGUGAACUUUGGCUGCAGCAGCGACCGUCCCCGAACCUGCACGGAGCUGCAGGUACGAUGCUCCCCCCGCCUCCAGCCGCGGUCCACGCGAACACCCCGUGGUAGAGGCCGACAUGAGGCUGUGCAACCGCGGGGUGAUGAUGCUGCUGACCACGGCGGGGGCGUUCUGCGCCUUCAGCCUCAUGACCAUCGCCGUGGGGACCGACUACUGGCUCUACUCCCGCGGCAUGUGCCGCUCCAAGAGCCUGAGCGACAACGAAACCAUCCACAAGAACGAGGAGGUUCUGACCCAUUCGGGUCUGUGGAGGACCUGCUGCACCGAGGGGACAUUUCGGGGCGUUUGCAAAGACAUUGAUCACUUUCCUGAUGAUGCAGAUUAUGAGCAAGACGCCGCAGAGUAUUUACUACGAGCAGUACGGGCCUCCAGCCUCUUCCCCAUCCUCAGUGUGGGGCUGUUAUUCCUUGGAGGUGUGUGCGUAGCUGCCAGCGAGUUCUACAAGUCACGCUAUAAUGUCAUUCUCAGUGCGGGUAUCCUGUUCGUGUCUGCAGGUCUGAGUAACAUCAUAGGCAUCAUUGUGUACAUAUCGGCCAACUCAGGCGACCCGAGCCAGAGCGACAACAAGAAGAGCUACUCCUACGGCUGGUCGUUUUAUUUUGGGGCUCUGUCCUUCGUCCUGGCUGAGAUGGUGGGCGUCCUGGCAGUGCACGUGUUCAUCGAGAAGCACAGACAGCUACGCACUAAAGGUCGGCCUUCGCUGGUCAAGCCUCCUCUUUCCCGUAACUCGUCCGCCUAUCGCAACCAUUACUACCACAACCGCUCCCGGAGGUACAGUUACAGGAGCAACCACAGUGCAGGGGACUCGUUGAUGCGGGACAUAGAGCCGUCGCUCCCCUCCGACGCCAAAGCCCCCCCCAUGGCAGGUGUGCCAACCCCAGUGACAGUGGGCUCAGAGUUCAUGCUCUACACAUUAGGCUCACCUCUCAAAGAGGAUGAGAUUGACUUGGUUGUGGAUGAUUUAACGACUGGAGCUGCUCACAAUAACACAGAGAUGCUGCCUGGAAACUGUGCUGCCAACAGAAAGACGACGCCUGUGUGAGGAAGAUGAGCAGUGGUCAAACUGGAAGGAUUCUACAGGAGAAAAAAAACACUGGGAGAGAACUGAAUCACCUAAUCUGUGUGACUGUUUGGUCAAAAAUAUAAUUACAUCACAUUAGACAUUCCUAAUUUACCUAAGACCUACUGCAAUAAGACAUCUCCAAAUUAUCUGAACAACGCUCCUGAACUCAAAGGUCUCCAGCUCACAAACAAUUCAUGUAGACGACAUUCAGUGGAAUUUUACUACCAACCUUGUCGCUGUAGUGCAGUACGUGCCCCUAACGUAAUGUGCACAUAAACUAACUGGGUAGUUAGUGAGGUAGUUAUUUUCCGAGAAGUUGACGAGUGCCUCCUGCUCUAGACUCAACUGAUCCUAUUAAACCUAAAACCGAAACCCCAUUAAAUGCAUUAGAACUCUCUCUCUCUGUCUCUCACUGUUUGAGUAUGUGUCUGAAUAGUGUAACUUAAGUGUAACUAACUGUAACCUAAUGUUCUGGCCUCUUGUUCUGGAUGUGAUUCUCAGUCUCUGUUUAUGUUCAAUAAAACUGCAAAAUCUGGCAGAGUGCUCUUCAAAGAUAAACUGUUGUGGUUCAGGGUAUAGUGGUGUGCAUGGAGGGGACCCAGGGAGGAUAUCAACAAAAUAUUUUAGCCCAGUACAAAAACAGUCAACAAAUACACAAAUGUUUCAUAAAAAAAUAAUAGACCCCUUAGUACUAAAAAACACUGUGAACACGUCUGUUUGCGCAUGCAUUUUUGACCUGUGUUAAAUUUGAUUGUGGCUCAGUAAAAGCAGCACACUUCCCAGUUUGCUGAUGCGUUACCAUGGCAGCAGCAUCUUCAAACCAACCCCACAAGUAAACACUGUAAAAUUUUAUUGUUUAGUUAGUCAAAUGCAGAAUUUGCUUCUACCUGAGAAAAACUAAAAAGCUGUAAUAAUUUUCAAUGAGCUCAUGUCUUGAAACCUCUGGCUUAGG